AAAGCACGUGCGUUUGAGUAAAUCCUAUUAAGAGGUUAUGGUCGAUGAAAGUAAAUACGUCGUUUGAAGAAAAUCCAAAGAAUUUAUAAUUCUUCGUUCAGCAGAAUUACACGCAGAAUUAUAUCAAGAUACUACCAAUUAGAAAGACGCGAUGGAAGUGAUUAUAACGAGUGAUAAUGUCGCCGAAAAUUGGAGUGCAGCAGCUUGGGAUCCAAAUACAGGAUCUAUUUUAUCUACUUACAAGCACGCAACACCUAUCCGAAAUCACACGUUACAAGUUUUAAACGACUGUUAUUUAUUAGGUGCGGAUUCAACGAAACCUCGACUUCACAUAUGGCCGUUAAAUAGUCAAAGGCCACUGUCUAAUAUGAGAUUGACGACGCCGGGUAAAGUGUCCGCAUUAACGACGACACCGGAUGGUUCUUACAUCGUCGCUGCGAUUAGUGAAAAACUAUACGUUUGGCAGUUUUGCAAUGGCAGAUUAUUAUCAAUAAUAACGCGUCAUUAUCAAACGGUGACUUGUUUAAAGUUUACCAAAGACAGUUCGAUGUUCGUGAGUGCUGGAGAAGAUGGUUUGAUAUUCGUUUGGUCUUUGUUUCGUGUUAUAAACGAAGAACAACAAGCUACGGCCCUUUAUUCGUUUUCUAAUCAUACUUUGCCAGUAAAAGAUCUUUACGUUGGCCAUUGUGCUCCACGUGCGAGGUUAUGUUCCGUAUCAUUGGAUCGUACAGCGAAUAUUUACGAUCUCAAUGGCGGUACACUCCUUGUAACUCUCGUAUUCGAUCUACCAUUAACUUCGGUUACCAUGAAUACGAAAGAAAGCGAAUUAUUCGUGGGUUGUACGAACGGUGUGAUCUUUAAAUACAAUUUACACGAACCACCACGAGGUAUCGAACACCAUGUUAAAUCGAGAACAAACGAGGAAGGCGACGACAGCGCCGCUUAUCGUGGUCACGAAUCAAUCGUUGUUUCUCUGUCGGUAUCUAACAAUUGUCACAAUCUACUUUCCGCUUCUAUGGAUAAAAAAGUACAUCUUUGGGAUGUGGCCAGUCGUCAGAUUCUCAGGACUUUCGGACACAAAGGACAAAUAACUUCGGCAUUUUUUACUAAACGUUUCAACAAUUUUCAGAUACACGAUUUGAAGCCUAGUUUAAAGAUUCAACCCUUGCAAAGGGUUUUGGAAGACAACUCGAAGGAGAGCGUCAUUGAAAUUAUCAGACAAGGACGAGACACGUCGGAUAUUUUAAAUUUCGAUUCUUACGUCGAAAAAGAAUCUAUUCGAUCGGAAAUAGACGACCAUGCUUCUCGUAAACUCGAAAGUGCGAUGGAAGAAAUUGAGAAACUUAAGAUGAUCAACUCGGCUCUAUACAAAUACAGCGUUGAACGUGUUUUACGUAAAUCGACGAGCGAUCGGAGUAAUCAAUAAGAAUCGUUUUUACAAAGGAGGAAGAAAAAAGAAAAAAA